ACCUCUUGCGGCGGUGAGUUUUUCUUUUGGAGCAUUUUGUGACCGAGUUACAACCACCAUGGUUAACUCUAUUUACCAGUAUUAUCAAGAAGUAGUGUAGAACCCCGAAGUUGUCGUAGUAUUUUUUUUUUUUUGGUCGGUUUUUUCCGAAAUUCUCGAUGGUGUAGAUAGUAUAGUUCGGUGUAUUCGUCUGCGUGUCGAGUGGCCACGGUGGUGGCAUUUUUCGCGUUCAAAUAAGGUGCAGUUUUGUUUUGGUUUUUUUUUUCUUCGGGGUCCAGUGGCGAAAAAUUCGACGAAACGAGAGUUCGCGACGUAAUUCGUGGUGUACGGUGUGUGGUGUUGUGUUACGAAGAAGCUAAUAGAGAUGUGGUCAUUAUGAUUAUGACGAUGAAAACGAGUAUAUUUACACCACAGAUGGUCGAUUAUUCGAUCUGGCAUAUGUGCUAGCUACACGAAUGAUAGCUACCGAGAAGGCGCUAUAACAUCUCGACCUUAUUAAAUCGCACCGCUCGAAUAACUAAGUACUACGAGAAAAUAAACACAAUUUUUCGCUCCAAAGUUACGCUGCGGGAACUCGGUACACGCUUUUUACUCGAUCCGAGCUGUGCACAUUGAUCGACGGCGCCAUACGCCGGAUUUCUGCUGCUAAGAGAGUUGGAAAACUACGCGGAGGAAACACGAGGAGGAGGAGCAGGUGACCACCGCCGGCGCUGUCGCUGCGACGACGACGACGACGACGACGAUCGUCUGAGAGUAUCCUCGAUUCGAAGUACACAAGUACCAAAAAGAAGAGCACGAAGAGGCGAAAUUUAAUCGUGAUCAGGUCGCGGAGCUACUCGCUCUACUGCUAAGCGUCGUCCGCGUCCGGCAGCGAGCGGGCGAGACGAACGAUGGAAAGCGCUCAACAAGCGAACGCCGCGGUGGCGGCGAGCCAAGCGACGAUACCGGGCGCCGGUGAUAAGGCUUCCAAGUCGACGACAGAUCGAGUGAUCGAUUCGAUACCGUUUCCGCCUAGUCAUAAGCUGACCAUAGCCGAAGUGUACGACGCGAAGACCGGUAAACCGCGACCGGAAGUGUUGAAAGCGCAUUUCAUCCUCGAGGGACGCAUCGAAGAAGCGGCCGCUCUGCGGAUAAUCAGCGAAGGAGCGACGCUGUUGCGCAGCGAGAAAACCAUGAUCGAUAUCGAAGCUCCGGUCACCGUAUGCGGCGACAUACACGGCCAGUUCUUCGACCUGAUGAAGCUGUUCGAAGUCGGCGGUCCGCCCGCUACCACUAAGUACCUGUUCCUGGGCGAUUACGUCGAUCGGGGAUAUUUCAGUAUAGAAUGCGUGCUGUAUUUAUGGGCGUUGAAAAUCUGCUACUCGAAAACGUUGUACUUGCUGCGAGGUAAUCACGAAUGUCGCCAUCUCACCGAAUACUUCACGUUCAAGCAGGAAUGCAAGAUCAAGUACUCGGAAGGCGUGUACGACGCGUGUAUGGACGCGUUCGACUGUCUGCCGCUGGCCGCCUUGAUGAAUAUGCAGUUUCUGUGCGUACACGGCGGUCUGUCGCCGGAGGUGCACUCGCUGGACGAUAUACAAAAGCUGGACAGAUUCAAAGAGCCGCCGGCCUUCGGUCCGAUGUGCGAUCUGCUGUGGUCCGAUCCGUUCGAGGAUUUCGGCAGCGAAAAGACCACCGAACACUUUAGCCACAAUAGCGUUCGCGGAUGCUCGUAUUUCUACAGCUACGCGGCCUGCUGCGAUUUCUUACAAAAUAAUAAUCUGCUUAGUAUUAUACGCGCCCACGAAGCGCAGGACGCCGGAUACCGGAUGUACCGCAAGAGUCAGAUUACCGGAUUCCCGUCGCUCAUCACCAUAUUCUCGGCGCCCAAUUACCUGGACGUGUAUAACAAUAAGGCGGCCGUGCUCAAGUACGAGAAUAACGUCAUGAACAUUAGACAAUUUAAUUGCUCACCGCAUCCGUAUUGGUUACCGAACUUCAUGGACGUAUUCACCUGGUCGCUGCCUUUUAUCGGCGAAAAGGUUACCGAAAUGUUGGUCAACCUGCUGAACAUUUGCUCGGACGACGAACUGAUGUCCGACGGCGACGAAGUCGAAGGCACCGCCGCCAACGCGCGCAAAGAAGUCAUCAAAAACAAGAUUCGCGCCAUCGGCAAAAUGGCCCGAGUCUUUACCGUGCUUCGCGAAGAGAGCGAAGUGGUGCUAGAGCUCAAAGGUCUAACGCCCAGCGGCUCGUUACCUUUAGGAGCUUUGUCCAGCGGCCGUUCUUCCCUGUACAGCGCACUGUCUACCACAUCCGGCUCGUCGUCGCCCACGUCGAGUUCGUCGCCUCACCAUAAAAUAUCCACCUUCGAGGAAGCCAAAGGCCUCGACGCCAUCAACGAACGCAUGCCGCCAAGAAGAGACGGCUCUCCUUCGCCGACCACGCCAAACGCCGAAGUCGCCGCGACCGCGGUGGCCGCAGCCGCCGCAGCGUCCUCCUCGUCGGCCGCAGCCGCAGCCGCCAGCACCACUACCACUACCGCAGCUGCCGCAUCGGCGUCAAAUUCCUCCUCGUCGGCGGCGUCCUCGUCUCAGCCGAAAUCUUAAUCAGUGAUCGGUACCGAGGCAUCGCCAAAGCCACCAAGGCGCCUCUGCUUGUAUCUUUUUUUUUUAAAAAUACUUCUAUUUUACUUUACUUCUUUUUUUUCAUUCAUUCAAUCUUAAGUAUUGUUUUGUUUUGAGUUUUGAUUUUUUUUUUUUGAGUUUUCCCCCCUUUUUUCGAUGAAUUUUCUAUCUCGAUUAUUUAUUUAUUAAUUGAAUUAUUAUUCAUUUUAGUAGGGUAGUUGAAUUGGCAUAUUAUAUAUUUAUUUUUACAGAUUUUUUUCACUGUUUUUUUCUCAUAUUUUUUUUUUUCAUUUUGUAUCGCGCGCGACUGGAUCGAAAAAAUUAAGUGUAGGUGGCCUCCUCCUCCUCCUCCUCCUUCUCCUCCUCUUCUUUUCAAAUGUUACAUUAUUAUUUUACUCUCGGUAUUAUUUUGUAUUCGUACCGAUACGAAUGUGUGCUUUAUUUCCCCCCUCUUUUUUCUCCUCCUUCGAUUUUACUAUACCCAACACUUUUCCCUCCCCCCUCUCCCUUUCUCCCUCAUCAUGUCAUCCCAUUUCGCCGAAAUCUCGAUUUUGGAUCAUGUUCUACACCCUUCCCCGCCCCCCCCCCGUCCCCACCCCAAGGGAAUGUGUGUUUUAUUCUCGAGACCAAUUUUAAGUAAAUCGUAUAAAUACGUAUAUACCUAAGUAAAAUAUUUCUAUUUUUGAACUUUUUUUUUUUCGUUUUUUUUUUCGAUUAUAUUGCGACGUGGCACGCUGAUUUUUUUUCUCCCCCAAUUUUAUAAUAUGUAAGUUAUUUUAGUUGUUACCACUACUACCUUUUACAUUAACUGUUUAUUGUAUUUUAUUAUGUACUAUUUUAACGGUUAUUAUAAAAAAUUUUCUCUUUAUUUUUUUUUUUAUUUCUUCUUUUUAUCUACAAACAUUGUAUUUUAUUAUACGAAUGUAUAACAGAGUUAUCAUAAGUAAUACGUCGAUACAUCGAUUAUACGCGUUUCCUCUCCUUUUCCUUUCCAUUAUUAUCCUUUUCCUAAUUUUUUUUCUUGUGUUUUUUCCCCCUCUUAAUUAUACUACCCACAUGUUUUUUUUUCUUCGUCGCGAUUUUGACGAACUCCUCUGCUCGAUACAAAAUUACAUAUCGAAAAGAGGAGUUCUAUUUUGUGUCUCAGUUUGAUAUUGUUGUUCAUUGUUUUAUUACUUUACCUAAAUAUGUAUUUACUACUUUUACUUACCUACCUACCUACCUACCUACUACCUAAAUUUCAAAAAAUACGUACUGCAUUUCAGUAAUAUUUUCACACACGUAUUUUUUGAAUGAUUUUUUUUUCUUUGCGCGUAUUGAAAUUUUUCUUCGAUCACCCCUACAUUUCCCCCCUUCUCUACUAUUUCUUUUUAUCGCUGUUUACCCGUAGCUAUACGUUUUUAUUAUGGGAUUUCGCUGUUUCCAUAUAGGGCGGUUUUACAUUUUGAAACUUAUGAAUUAUAUGAUGAUACUUCUACCUACCUUUUUUUUUCUUUGAUUAGUUUUAUUACGUUCACGAUAUGUUUGUUCGUUUUUUUUUUUUGUUUCGUUUCGUCCUUUUUGAUUUUUUUGUCAACUUUUGUGCAGUAUAGCGAGCGUAUUUACCGAAUUUGCUUCUUUUUUUCUCAGUUAUAGAGUAAUACUUUAUUUAUAUCUGAUUAAAUUAUAACAUUAAUCAAAUUAUAAAUGUUACACUUUGAA